CUGUAGAGUAUUUGAGGGGGACUACGAGUGGAGCGUUCGUCGACUUCCCUGCCGAUUUUCGAAAAGACGAAAGGUGGUGUAUCUUUGCUCUCUGCUUUGCCGAGAAAACACGAAAACCUCGUUUUCGUUGGACCACUCACCAAUCUGACUUUUUUUCACCUCACUUUUUUUCCUGUUGCCCACUCCGUUCUUCUCGUUUGGUGGAGCAGGUUGCUCAGGCACACCUUUCCAUGAAGAGCAGGACAGUUCCCCGCUUGCCUUCCCUUUUGGUGUUCCGCUGAUUUUUACCGUUUUUUCUGUUGUUUCCACUCCUCCGCGGCGGAACUGCCUUCCCUUUUCUGCGUUUCCCCGGCAGCUCCCUACUCUUGUGCGUCCCCGGAAUUCAUCGUGUUGAAAAUUUCUCUGUCGCUCGGCCUUCCUUCUUUGCGUGCACAAAAGCGCACACUUCUCCCCAUCCAUGUGUCACCGGCUCUCCCGUACUUUCCCGCACUGUUGCAUGUAGCCCCGCCUCCCACGACGGAACGCUCUGCAGCUGUCUCCAAGUUCCUUUCACUGGCUGGAAGGAGCUUUUUUUUCAUCCCUGCAAAAUGGCGCCCAAGAAGAAAGGCAUUUCCGUCAACCUGCGCGACCUCCAGCGUGAGAUGGGCGUCGGUGUGACACUUCUCCCGUCUGCGCCGAAGCCGGUCGACGAAGCCGCCCUAGCAGCGGCAGAGAAAGAGCGCGAACGCGAGCGAAAACUCGGACCAGGGGGCGGCCGCUGGGCAGACCGCAUGGACGACUCUGACGAUGAUGAGUGGAGAAGAGACGGCGAAGGCGCAACUUUCGGUCCUGGUGGCCCAGGGGCCCGCAGCAUGGAAGGCAUGCGCCGUGAGGGAGGACGGAUGCGCCAAGAGGUUGAGCUCCCGGACGAGCCCUGGAGGCGUUCCGCUCCUCUACCGUCGCGUGACCAAGAAGGGGGAGAACGGAUCGGGCGAGGCAGAGGCGUUGAGGAAGAUGCUGAUCUGGGGGUGCUCCGAUCUACGGCAAAAGCGAACACUCCUCCGGCUGGAGGUUCAGGUGAUUUAGGUCGAGGUGGACGCGGAGAGACUGCAGCAAUUCGCCAGCAGGAGGAAGACUUGGACUUCGCGGAAGUACGAAAAGCAACUCCACAAAGAGAAGGGAGCUUCCCAGGCCACAGGGCGCCUCGAGAAGACGACGAAGAUCUUGAUUUCGCUGCCGUCAGGGACCGGACAAGAGGUGGCAUGGGUUCUGGAGCAGAAUCUGUUGCACCAUCGUCGGAUUCACGCCCGGAGCAUCUUCGAUCGCUGCGUAGCCGCCUGAAGAAAGUGGAGAGAGAGAACGUGUCCCCCGAAAAUGGAGCGUCUCCGUCUCCGCCCUCGUCCCGCCCCCUGGAGUCUCAGUCGGCGCUGGAAAGCAAGCCAGGGCGUUAUGUGCCUCCUUCGAAGCGGUCGCCUGCAGUUGGGAAGGACGAGAAGGGGAGCGCUGCUCGCGGGACUUCGGGCGCCUCCGCGCCAGUUCAGAACGACCGUCUCGCUGCGUUCCUCGAACCAGACUCUCCUCGGAAGGAGCCUGCCACAGCGCCUAGGCCCGCAGCUGGCGGCGCGAGCGUGACCGGCGCAGCACCCGGCGCUUGUACUCCUUCGUCUUCGUCGCCUGGCGAGAGAGAGGUUAGCGCCGCUUUCUCGUCGCCCGGCGAGAAGGAUGAUCUCCAGGCUUCGUCGCCUGAAACAGCCAAGGCGGGAGGCGGCGCGCGGUUCGUCCCCAAAUGGAAACAAAGGAUGGAGGAAGAGAGGAAGAAGGAAGAAGAAGAACGGGUGGCCCGAGCUGCACAAGCCAGUCAGCAGAUACAGCACCCGGCCGCCUCGCUCGCCCAGGCGUUCUCUGAGGAGAACAAGCCAGGCGCAGGUCCGGGCCAGAACGCUUCGUCCUCCUUUUCGGCUCGAGUCGAAGAGCCGGUGCAGGUUCUCCAGCCGGUGCGUCUCGGCACUCGGAAAGAUGCCGCGCUUGGAGGCAGCUUUGUGAACGGGAAGUACGUUCCCUCGGGGAUUCGUGCGCAGAGCCAGCAGAGCCCGAGCUUCCCGGCCUCCGCGCCCAGGGAGUCCGAAGUCCAGAGACUCUUCAAAGCCGCGGCGGGUGUCUCCGGGUCGCCCGCGGCGGGUGCCGGCUUCACCGGUGAAGACGAGGAGGAGCUGAAGCGCCAGGAAGAGCUGCAGAAGAAGAAGGAAGAGAAGGAACGCCGUGAGCGGGAGCGAUUCGAAGAGCAAAGGAGGAAGCGAGAGGAACAGGUCAAGAUGUUGACCCACAAAGAAGACGAAAUCGUCAGUCUCGUCCAAGCUCUUGAGCAGGGACUGGAUCAAGUUGAAAAGGACCCCAGCAAGAAGCUGGGCGUCGACGAUAUCGUGGCAGUUCUCAAAGACGAGGACGAACUCGCGAGCAUCGUUCCGAGCGCCGUUGUCGCUGCGGUAGUCAUCAAACGAAGUAUGGGCAAGGAGAACAUGGAGGGCGUGUUGGAGGUCGUCAAGAGCGUCCAGGACGUCUGGAAGGUGCUGCUGGACAACAGCCAGGUCAAGGACAAGGAUCAGGUUCUCAUCAAGGAAAUGGUGAAUAUGAUAAAGGCUAUCAAGUGCCCUCGACUUUCUCCGUGCACGGCGGUGAUCGAGGCCGUUUGGGACUCCAUGGUCGCAACCGGGAUCCUUUCAGAUUCGGCCUUCAUCAGGUGGUUCGACGACGACAACGAUGAUACGGAAGGGCGAACGGAGGUUCUGUUCCAGGUCCUAACCUGGGGUCAGUGGCUGCGGGGACAGCUGCCCGGCGCGGAUGCGGAAGAGGAAGAGGAAGAGGAACAGGAGGAGCAAGACAACGACGACUACGACAUUGAGGCAUUGGUACCCAAGCGAGAGGGAGAGAAGAGCACGAAGAAGAAGAAAUAAAUGAGGAGGAAGCUGAAGCUUUCGGUGACGGGACAGAAUUCAGAGAACGCUUCUGGGCGAGAAGCUUGUUGACGAUAACAGGUCCGGCUUUUGUUUGUUUUUUCGUCGCGUUUCUUCGCAUGGCAGAAGAUACGUCAGACUGAAACAGACGGCGUACAAGCGACUCUGGCAACUCGAAAUCUGCGUUUCAGUUAUCGAGAUGCCAUGGAGCAGCGAAAGGUCUGCCGAGAAACGUUAGGGAGAGAUUUGUGGGGUCUAGAUAACUUCUGGUCGAUGUCUCGCCUCCGUUUUGUCGGUUGGUUCACGGGAGGAGAGGUCUGUGGUUGCAGUCCUUUCAUUCGGCGCGGAAGUGCGUUUUCUGUUUCAGUCAAAGAAAGGAGAGCAGAUUUGAGUUUUACUGUUUGAAAGAGGAUUCUGACAACGGCUCACACGUGAUCUGCGCCACUAUUUUUUAUCAACUAAAAUAGAAAUUGGAUAGGGGGGGAAGUAUACAGUUGACCUCUCCGAAUAUUCGCUCCGAAACGCAGUGGACAGAAGAGUGACUGAUAGAAUGUGUGUGUUCGUUGAAAGGGCAGUGAGGGAAGCGGGAAAAUGCAGCCUCAAGAACUCGUCGGAGCUCCGCUUUGCCGGCGACAGGAAAGACACGUCUGGGGUCUCAUUUUUUUGGACCUUGCGCGGAUCUGUCUCCUGUACAACAGACGGGGGCCGUUCCGUUAUUUACGCAGAUAUCGUACGCCCACUCCCGUAAACGGUCGUUUCUUGCCUUCAGACACACAUGCAGUUGCCGUGUAAAUGCUCGUGUUUUUUUAUAGUUGGCGAUUUCAGAAGAGCUGUGUGUUUCUUUUUGGUUGUUUCGGUUGUUAUCGUCGACAGCUUGGAGUCUCCAAAAGCGUGUCUCGAACGCGACACAACAGGAGACGUUAAGCUGCCCGCUGUCGUUUUUUGUCCGCCUUGUUUGAUGUUCUUUCUUCUUGAGCGUACCUCGUUCCCCUAAUUCAUCUCUAUCCAGACAGACGUGCCUGUUCGGUAGGCGGGUGCAGCUACCACUUCGCACAGUCGUGUGCCGAAGCGGAGAGUGGUCGCACAACAGUCGGUUGUCUUAAAAGAAGAGGAAGCCAUGUACCACAGGAAGACUGGGCAUUGUGAAUGGUUUCGGCCGGGCACUUCUUCGUGUGGUGUUGUCAUGUGUUUUCCAAGGAAUCAGGACAGUGGAAACCCCGUUUGGUAGUCGUUGUCUUGUGCGUGCAUCCGUCGUGGCGCUCCUCUGGGGGAAAAAGAGCAUCAGUGGUCCAGCCGCCUAUCUUGCAGGCGAUUAUCCUAAGGGGCACGAGGCGUGGCACACCAACGGUGUUAUUUUCGUUUCAACACGGCAAUCUCAGAGUUCUACUCGCAUUUCGACUGCUAUUCCAAGGAAGGGGAGUCCACCAUUACUUGAUACGUUUCAAGCUUCUCGAAUAGGAAGUAUCAACUUUGUGUAACCCUCCAGUGACUGUCGAAUGUCCCGUUUUCUCCCUUACACGUUUUUCCUUCUUUGAAUAUGUCUCGAUAUCUGUAAUUAUCCCGUGGUCGUCUUCCUCCGUCGCCUCGAUUGUUUAGUUUCUCCGCCAGGAAGCCCUGGAAGAAACCUCAUCGGUCUGAGCGUGUCUGGUGGCAGCGUUGUGGACUGCAGCGACCCGUCGGUAGCACACGGUGCCCCAUAAUACGCCAAAGUAGUGGCUCCUUCCACAGUAGUCAUGCGAUUUGACAAGCGUCACUCCUUUUUUUUAUCCACAGAACGGUAAGAAACCGUCAGUGGUUUGAUCUCUUGUAUGCAUAGACGACAUUCGUGGUGGAAGCCUCCGUUGCUGGCAG